AUGCAAGCCAAGCUUGAGUACAUAGUUGGCAAGUUGAUAGUCUGCGCUAAAUCCAAGAAUUGGUUGGUCCUCACUACCUGGGAUGCAAUCCUGCAAUGCUGGCUGCAGAUGCGUUAUCCCAUGACGACCUCCACCCGCGCCUCAUUGGUCCGCUUUUAUUACGAACUAUGCCUUCUGCCUGGCAUAGAAGUGCGGGUCAUCCGUAGCUGGGCAGAUAUGUUGUACCGCCUCUUAGGAUCCAAGACCGUUAAGCGCAAACUUGAGGCCACUGACCUCCAACUCCCCUGGAAACCCCUAUGGGAUGUAUUGUACAAAGAGCUGUUCCCCAAGAGCCGCCUCGCAGAAUUCCAGGGAAAUCGUAACUUAAACAAUAUAUUGCUGUAUGUUGCGGAAAGCUGUAAGCGCUAUUUCCCUGCGACUGAUAUCCCCGAUAUGCUCGAGACGUUCUUGCCUAUCCUCACGCCCGAUACUACAUUGACGAUGAUACCUGUCCUCACAUCGUUCCUUCCGCCAACCCACACACACAUCUACCUUCCCGUAAUAUUCAGGAUUUGGGAAGCUUUCAAUUCGAACAUCAUGGACGAUAGGUUCCUCGAAUUCGCUGGAAUCCUCGCGGAGGAACACGUUGCUGGUCAGGAAGGACCUGCGGGAGAGGAAGGAGGUGCCGCAUGGAAAGAUGUCGGUAUCUGGACACAAGAAGAGUGGUUGAUGCUUGUCAGUAAAGGAAUUGAGUCGCUGUAUGUCCCUGUGGGCAAUUCGAGCCAGAAUAUUGCUGCUACAGCUGUUCAGGCAGAUGCUUCCGCGGCACGCCAAGGUUCCAAAGUCAAGAAAACAAUUAGUAGGAUCAGUUCCAUGGCUAAACUAUUUGUGUACUCGAUGGCCCUCGAUGGUCCAAUACGCGGAGAUUCCGCAUCCACUCCUGGGUCUCCCAAUAGCCAGCCGAUGGGAUACUUGGCCGGUUCGAAGGCGCUCGACUCGUUAGACAAACUGAUUACAAGUACAGAAUCCUUCUUUCAUCCAUCAAACUCCGGUCACUGGACGUUCACGCUCACGAAUUUGCUGCAACGUCUUACUGUCGAGUUUGCCGACAGAUGGCUCGAAGAACAGCAACCGUCGUGCAAAACUCCCGUGGCACACCGUCUCACUCCUUCUCUUCGCCGAGCGUUCGUCGAUGUUUUACGCACGCCUGCGUUCCUUGCCAUGUUUUCCAAAGAUUCCUUUUCUAUUAGCAUGGCACAAAGUGCACUGCGCACUAUGGCAUUGCUUGAGCCAACGCUCAUCAUGCCUGAGCUUCUCGAGCGUGCCUACGGUGGCCUGGAAGUGGUAAACGAGACCCACCGCACCACUGCAGUGUUGAAGAUGCUGUCCGGCAUUUCACUUCCGCUUGUCUCAGAGAUGAUAUGGAGGCCGGGACAAAAGCACCUGCUUCCUCUUCUCGAACUUUGCCUUCCUGGUAUUGAUCUGAACGACCCCAAUAAGACCAUUUGUGCUACUUUAUUCAUCGUCAGCGCCAUGCAGCAUGUGAAGAUUGGAGAUCUCUCCAUGAACCACUCUGGUUUUGCUUUGUCUGGGGAUGCGCCAGCGGAAGAACUCAUGGAGCUUGAUGCCGAGGACACCCGCAUCCCUGAAGGUGUCGAAAUGAGCCCAUUCGUUUCACUGGGCAGGCAAGAAGAGAGGACUCUUGUCCGAGAGAGCACGGCAGGCUUCGCAGGUGUGGUUGUUCCCUUUCAAAUCCUUCCUGAGGAAGGUGGGAAGAAGAAGACUACCGGCGGAAAAUCGGAAGAGACCGUUCUGAAAUCGAUCAAGAGCAUGCUUGACGUGGUCACCUUGCACCUCUCAGACCAACUAUUCGAUCUCGUGUUGAAUCUCGUUUUCGAAUACGCUGUGACAAAUGCAAAAUCUAACGCCAUCCGAGCGUUCGGGCAGCUCGUAGCAUGCCUGGCACGCGCACAACCUCAGAAGACGCUGGAUAAGUUUUUGCCGUCAUGUAUCUCACGCAUACAAGAAGAACUCAAGUACGGAGCUUCGAGCGUUAGGACAACAUCAGCACACGAUCUGGUUCCAUCUGACACAACGUUGCAUUGGAACAUGUCAAUAUUGCGCGGGUGUCUUGCGUACGGCGCACAUGCUCUCCUCAACCACAAAGAAGACAUCAUCAACCUUUUAUCGUUACUGUUGAAUAAGACGAAGAACGAGCGUGGGUACACGGGCACUGCCGCGAUUGUCGCUAGAGUGAUGCAUGCGCUGUCUGGUGUCUACCCAUCUGACAACCGCUUCGUGAAUGAAGACGUAUGGAAUCAACCUGAGUUUGGCGAGUCACACAACACACAAUGGGGUCGACUGUACGAAGCGAAGGAUGUGAAGGUGGAAUGGCACGUUCCAAGCACCGAGGAAGUGCAAUUCAUUCUGGACAUUUUGGAUCGCGUAGUAGCUCCUGCGCUCGAUAAGAUAGAGACCUUGGCACGGUACCUCUUGUUUGCGAGGUCUGUCUGGAGCGGCCUACCGUCAUUCCUGAAGGAAGGAUCCAAAGACAUAGUACACCCAUGCCUCGAUCCAGAAACGGAACUGGAAGGACUUCUUGUUGAUCAUCUUGAUGUCAAUGCUGGAUUUAUUCUCACUGAUCCCAAUGAUCCUCGUUACCAACAAGCCUUGCAGCAUCGCAUUCGUUUUGGCAAUGUCGCGCACUUGGCCGCGGUCGCCUUGCGCCAAAUCCAAGGAGGUGAAGAUCAUUUGGAUGCUGUCGUCGCUGUCGUGAAGGCCAUCGACACUUACUUUUUGGAUUACGGAAUGAGUCGGGGAGACUUUAUCACACUGCAAAAGAAUUUUGCACAGUCGAGAGAGGUAAACCGAGUGUCGGCAAGGCAAAAAGAGAACUCGCGAAUUGCGUGGGUAAAAAGAGCACAAGUCUACCACUGUGGCCGGCUCUAUAUCCACGCUUUGUAUCGUCGAAGAUCGUCCCUGGACGACACGUUACUGAAGGAAGACCUCGCGGAGCUUUGUUUGUCACCAUACACGCGAGUGCGACGCCUCGCUCAGAAUGUGUUGCACAGCGCAUGUGGUUCCUAUGUCCGCGCGACAAGAUACAUCUUGCCAUCUAUUUUCAACGCGCUGUCGAAAGGUAAUGAUCCUGAUAGGAUCAAGGGCGCUUUGUACGUCCUUGGUAACAAAGGCACUGCCGCACUGACCAUGUCUGAGCCACCGCUACGACGGCAAUACCUGGUUGCUUUGCUAGAAUGCCAGCACGAAGAGAAACCAUCGAUACAGAAGCUUGUCACUACUUUCUCCACGGAGUGUCUGAUACACCUCAGUGAAGAAGUCAUAAGGACUUCUGCAUACACAGCCCCUACUCCUGGGGUUGAAGCCUCUAUUCGCACUCUUGAAGAAGAGUUCUCGCCUGCUGUCAUUGAUAGAAAGUUAACAAAGGCAGCGGUAGAAUGUGCUGCUAAGCGUGUAAAGCGAUGCUUGGAAGAAACCGAAAAGACUGUCCGCUCUAUUCUCGAGAUCGCCUCUCGGCCCACCACACAUUGGAGAUAUGUACACAUGGCCAUGAAGUUUUUGAUGGGCUUCCUCAGACGCGACGCAGUGGCUCCUCCGGAGUUGGUUCGCUUCUUCAUGGAACAAACACUUAGCCCACAACCAGGAAUAAGGGCUAGUGCUGAGCAGGCAAUCGUGAAGACCGCCGUUCUCAUGAAGAUACGAGCGUACGCUAAGACCGAUGAUGAGCUCUGGCUCUGCAAAUGGCAGAGUCCCUUUGCGAGGACUAUUUCCAUCGAUAACCCGUCUGCUUUCCUUGCGCAACUAUACCAACCUGUUAAUGAAGUCGAUGGCUUUUACGUCGACCUUCUAGACACUGGUUUUUUGGCUUGGACAAAGGUCAUCAAAUGCUAUCCUGUGAAUCUGAGCAACUCAGUGUCAUGGGACUCAGCGUCAAGGCAGUGCUUGCAAGCUAUGCACAGCUUUAUUGGAGAAGGAUAUUUUACUCAGCUCGCAACAUUGUGGAGCCAAGAGUCCAGCAAGGCGUCCGGUUCACCGCAUCUUCAUGCAGAGAACGUGAUUUUUAUGAUUACUCUAGGUCCUCGUGGUUUCUGUUCCAUCUAUAAACUCGUUGCUGACCCUGCUGCAGCGAAGUUGUUUAAUGGCGAACACUUGCAUCUAAUUCUUCCAAUUGUCGAGCCAUUGAUGACCGAUGCGGAUAAGUUCAAGCAGGCGGCCGCGGCUGAGAUAUUGACUGGACUGCUGCGCGGGUCCAAACACUGGCCCAGGCAAACACGAGAGGAGCUUUGGUCUUGGCUCACCCCGCGCUUUGACGUAAUUCUCGCUCAGGCGAAGCCAGAUACUGUUUCAUACUGGACUUCGUUCCUAGAGCAUACCUUACUGAACCUCGACCCACGUCGCUUCCAGCCUUUGGUCAAUUGGAUAUUAUCCCUCCAGCUUGACUUCCAGGGCGACUCUGCGUUUUCCAUGACGAAAGCUCUUAACAUUAUCGUUGUGUUCAUUGAUUCUGUCGGUGUCCGGUUCAAUGGCGUAUCUGAGAAAUAUGCAUCGAUUUUCUUCGACAACGCGGACUCCAACUAUGCAGAGAUAAGAACUUCGAUAGCCAAUGCCCUGUGUCUGAUAGCCAAGUAUCAAUGGAGACCAGCAUAUCCCUCUGUGGAUGCCCUCCUCGCGGCAUGUGCAGAGAGUCCAGAUCCGCUUCGAAUCAGCCAAGGGUUUUUCUCUUAUCAUGUACAAUCGAUCAUUGAUAAUCUGCCCAAAUGGAAGGACGAACGAUUCCCUCCGCCUAGAGUUUCACAGUCCCGGUAUGACAAAGUCGGCUUGACUAUGUUGCUCUGGCUAUGGGUGUCACUUUAUAGCCCUGAAGCUUGUCUCGUCCGUCCUCAUGCCAUGGCUCUGCUACCUGAACUCUUGAGCAUGUCAGAAUUAAGCGACAAUCCGGAACUUCAAAAGUACAGCAGCGCUGUGCUUCGUGUGUUUUCCUCGGUUCAUCUGCCGUCUUCGCUUACGCACAUCGUCCUGGAGAACCUGGUUUCGGCCAUUCAGUCAUCUGAGUCAUGGCGAAUUCGAUUGCAUGCAUUGCCUGCCCUGGUCGUUUUCUUCUAUCGGAACCUCUUGACGAUUUCAUCUAACGGCGUACUCAAAAUCAUGGAUGUAUUACUUGAUUGUUUAUCGGAUGAGAACGUCGAAGUUCGAGAAAUGUCGUCCAAGACCCUGUCUGGAGUUGUAAGAUGCUCACAACGGCAGAACAUAAUUCCAUUGAAGAAUCGCUUCAUAUCAUUGGCGCGCAGCGUAAAGCUCCCCUCGCGUACACACCAUGACUAUGGAGAGUCACUUAGGAAGUUGCAUUCCGCUAUCCUUGGCCUAUGUGCCCUUAUUGAGAGUUUCCCGUACUCUGUCGAGCCCUGGAUGCCGUCCCUCACAGAAGUCCUAGCGAGACACGCAACAGAUCCGCCGCCGAUCUCGACGACGAUUCGUCACUGUGCUUCUGAGUUCAAGAAAACUCACCAGGAUACCUGGCAUAAGGAUCAACUAGCCUUUGACGAAGAUCAAUUACAAAGCCUCUCCACGAUGCUUGUUGGUACUUCAUAUUGUGGGUUAAUUGCGUCUGUUAUUGGGGCUUUGUCUAAUCAACGGCCAUAUCUACAGACGCCUAGAUAA